UUUCUCGGUUCAGAUUGCAAAGAAGAGGAAAAUGGAAGCAGCACAGAGAAGCAGGGAACACAGGGAAGAGCCGCGGAAGCUGGAGCCACAUCUGGAAGAGUGUUACUUUGUAAAUGCUGCUGUGCUUCCUGAAUUCCGUCCACGACCAUCUUCCUUUGCUGCCGCUGCCCCAAGGACAAGAUCCGCCAGUGAAUCACUGAUGGAGCAGCCCCUUAUGAUCCACGGUCUAAGCAUUCCAGAGUACCAAAGACUCUAUCAUUCAGUGGAGGAUCCGAUGCUCGUGACGUCCACUGGACAGCUACGUUGCUACUCCAUGAAGCUGGGCCUUAGGAUCAAGCAGCUCCUGUGGGAGACGCUCAACUGUCCCUCCUUGAUAGAGGUGCAGUUACGUGAUAGUAAGCAGAUACGUUAUACUGAGAAAUUCAAAAAACCAUCACUGAAAAGCUUCGCUCCUCAUUUUGACUUGGACACCAGUAAAGAGCCCAAGCCACAAAGCCAAAGAGGAAGAGGAAAAAGACCUAAAUGAAGGAGGAAGAGGUAAAAACUGCUUUAUUCUGGUCUGGGUCCCAGUGGUUCCGGAGUCAAUCCUGGGACGCUGGGUGCGUGGUGGAGACAUACCCUGCAUGGGAAGCCAGUCCAUUAAAGGGCACCGUUCACCACAUUUCACACCUAGUGGGUAUUUAGGAACAAGUGGCGCAGCAGGUAGUGUUGCCACCUCUGUCUGUAAAACUUGGCUCUACUUUGCCCCAGGUGUGAAUUAGUGUGUAUGUGUGUGGUGCCCUGCAAUGGACUGCCAUCCUUUUGGAGUGAAUUCUCCCACCUUGUGUCCAGCGUUCCCAGGAUAGGCUUCUCAUCCACCGGGACCCCAAUCAGGAUAAAGUGCUUACUAAUGAUGAAUGAAGGAAUAUCACUCUUAUUACGCCAUCUAUAAUACCUUAUGAUAUAUUGUACAUUGCUCAGACUGAAUAAUUUUAUUAUCGCGCUACUGAUAGAUAUUAGAUUUUAUUCCACCCAUC